UUGUCAGAAUAUCGGUGUUGUCAAAACAUGAAACGUUGAUAUGGCUGAAAACCUGAAACUUUUUUAUGGAACUGAAAGAAAGAGGUUUGUUUUCGUUGUGGGUUUGCUGACAACUCAAAACUGAGUUUUAUCUCAUUUAAACCCACCUGCGAAGUUAAAGAUUGUGUGAUUUUGUCUUCACCAUGGAUCAGAGAGACAGUGUUAAUGCUGAUCCUGAUGUAUUGACUGGAUCACAAGGUCGCUGUCAGCGAUUGAGGAAUCAAAGCGGGUUUUGGUUGCUUGGUUUGUGCAAUAACUUUGCCUAUGUGGUGAUGCUGAGUGCCGCCCAUGACAUCUUAAAACAACAGGAGUCUCAGAAUGUGACGGUGCCUACUCCAGGACUCUUACAUUCACACAGUGGAAACAACAGCAGCAGCAGCAGCCGCUAUGACUGCAACCCUGUGUCUACUGCAGCAGUCCUUCUGGCUGACAUCUUACCCACUCUACUGAUCAAACUAACAGCACCAUUUCUCAUACACAAAAUGCCUUAUGGUUUCCGUAUUCUGGCGUGUGUCGCCACAGCAAUGAUUAGCUUCUUGGUGGUGUCAUUUUCUUCAACCGUGUGGAUGAGCAUAUUAGGUGUGAUCUUUGCCAGUGUGAGUUCAGGACUAGGCGAGCUCUCCUUCCUUUCCCUCACAGUGUAUUUCAGCAGUAAUGUGCUGAGUGGAUGGGGAUCAGGUACAGGAGGAGCAGGAGUCACCGGCGCUGUUCUUUAUUCUGCUUUCACUCAGGCUGGGCUUUCACCUCGGGUUACUCUGCUCAUAAUGCUGAUCAUCCCUGCCGUUAUGAUGAUCAGUUACUUUUUCCUGCUAGAUUUCCCUCCUCCAUUUACACACUGGAGGUCCGGGUCUGGUUUGUCCUCUGAGGGAGAUUUUCAGGAACAGAGACCCUUAAUAGUGGAUGAUAACAACGAAGACUGUGUUCCAGAUGAGAAAGGGAGGAGAGAUAACAGGAAUGCUUUCUACCUCCUGACAGAGGACCAACACACCAGACCCCUGACCUUCUCAGACAAACUACACAUCCUAAAAGGUCUGCUAAAAUUCACUGUUCCUCUAUGCGUGGUCUACUUUGCAGAAUAUUUCAUUAACCAGGGACUACUGGAGUUGCUCUACUUCCCUGAUUCCAGUUUGUCUCAUGCAGAGCAAUAUCGUUGGUAUCAGACUCUGUACCAGAUUGGCGUGUUCAUAUCCCGCACCUCACUCUACUGCUUUAAGUUCAGGAGAGUCUGGGUGCUUUCUCUGCUGCAGUGUGUGAACGCAGUUGUGCUGCUUAUUUCGGUGUAUUACCAGUUCUGGCCAAGUGUUUGGGUUGUAUUUGCAGUAGUUCUGUAUGAAGGUUUGCUUGGAGGAGCCGCCUACGUUAACGUCUUCUACUUAAUCAGAGUUGAGACUGGGGAGCAUGAGAGGGAAUUUGCGAUGGCUGCAGCGAGUGUAGGAGACAGUAUUGGCAUCGCUCUCUCUGUAGCACCGGCCAUCCCAAUCCACAACUACUUCUGUUCUCUGUGAGGAAGACAGACGUUAGUGGUCUUAAUGUUGUGGACAACUGUGAGGAGCAGCAGUCUUCUUCCUGUAGUCGUAUAAGUUGUAAGAACACAAGUCAACAAGCAAUAACUACAGGUGUUUGUCAACUUGUAACUCGCAUAUGUCGUCCCCACGUUUUAACAUGGUGGUAUAUUUCAAAAAAUGGACGUAAAUGUGUUUUCCUAGAACAUUCCUGCCUAGCGUGAACAGACUGCAUAACACUGUAGUGUUGGCAGGUCACUCUUGCCACAGACAGACCCGAUACAAACCUUUGUUUGUUUUAUUUUAAUCAGAAUUGCUGCUUAUGCUACCUUACAGGGAACGCGGUGAGGAACGUAUUAAUCACAUUUUCACGUAGGAAGGCUUACAGAGGCCAAUGAUUCUUUAGCAGAGAUGGGGGACUCAAGUCAUAUGACUUGACUCGAGUCAGACUUAAGUCGCAAAUUUGAGACUUGAGACUUGCUUGACAAAUAUUAAAAAAAGACUCGACUUGACUUUGACUUGACAUUCAUGACUUGAGACUUACUUGUGACUUGCACAUGUGUGACUUACUCCCACCUCUUUUCUUUAGUGUCACUGUGAUUGACUUGGAAGAAAACCAAUAAUCUCCCGGUGAAACAGCAAACGAUUUUCUGUUGCCUUUGCGUUUUUAUCACCUUGUUAAAAUAUAUUGUAGUGCGUUUUGCAAUAAUAUCCACUUGAAAUGUCAAUGUAUAGAGCCUGAAAAAGGAAUAUUUUAUUUUUUUGCUCUUUUUAAGUUGCUUUUUAAGCAGGUCUGGCAACCACAUCAAACUGAAAUUCAUAUAUAAUAAAUUUCAAAAACAAUUGAGUGUAAAUCUAGGCACAAAUGCUUCAGACAGAAGCAUCAAUUGGUUCAUAUAAGUAAACCGACAUACGAAAUAUGUCCCAAAUUUUUUUUAUUUUCCUUUAGCCUUUCCUGACUUAGAAGUGCAGUAAUUAUGACUGUGAUUUAAACAUUCCUAUUUCACUAUAUAUACUGAAUAUUAUUUAUUGUGAAAUUACGUGUGCUUGUGAGACAGUUCCACAUUAACCUGUUUCUGUCUCGGGUCAUGCCGACUGUGAGCCUGUUUAAUUAUUAAUAAUAAUGACUUCCUGAAUGCUGUUCUAAAUUAAAGUGAUUAAAUAUAUA